GUCUACAGAUCAAGAUUCAGGACAGGCACCAAAGCUACACAGAGAAAGCUACACGAUUUGUUAUAUGCUUGCUGCUAAUACCGAGGAAAAUCAUAAAUAAGACUUGGUCUGUGAGGUGCCUGUAGAUUGUAUGCAAUUAGGUUCCUCAUCAGUAAAUCUGAGGCAGUAACACAUGAUUGUCUGGGGGGGGGGGGAGAAAAAAAGAUAGUUAAGCUUAAAGGAUUGGCGAAAUGGCUCAGUGGUUAAGCACUCACUGGCUAUUUUUCCAGAGGACCCCGUGGGGAGGGGCUGAACUGUCUGCAACUCCAGUCCCAGGGACUCCAACAUCAUCUGGACUUGGCUGGCACUGUAUGCAUGUAGUGCACAAACAUGCAUGAAGGCAAAACACCCAAAGGGGGUUUAUGUGUUGUAAUUUAAUCUUUAAAUGACACUGAUCCCGAUGAAAAGCCUUCAACCAGAAUUUUCGUCAUUGGAAAUAGAACUGAAUGAUCCCCCUGUAUUGUGAGAACUGAGAGGAAGGGCAAUGUAAACUUGAGAGGUUCUUUUGUGUGGUACUGGAAGAAGAAGGCCCAAGUCUGGACAGCUGAUUUCUCCUCCACACAGCUUUCCCUAAUAAAGGGAUUGUUACUUUGAUUGCCUUGGAGUUUCUCCUUUAUUAGAAAGUGAGCAGCUGCAAAGGAACUGCCCAUUUUUUGUUGUUCGUUUUUGUUUUUUGAAUCUAAGAUUGAUUAUUGAACUCAAGGACUCUAUAAGCCAAACACACCUCUAGACACUAAUUAACUUUUUUAAGCUUGUGGGUGAGGGUCUUGCUCUGUUGUCGAGAUUAAACUAAAUCUCGAUCCUCUUGAUUCACCUAAAGACUGACCUGAGACUAAAAAGGACCAGCUACAGCGCCGAGAUGAUAAAUGGGCUCGGGUUCAAAGCCCACUUAACAUCAAAGGUCAUACCUUUUGGUUUCCCACUUGAGGACGGGGCUCUCCAAGUUCUGUGCGAGUUAGCUAGUUUCUGUAGUCUGUGUACAAACGGCACGGAAAUGCAGGGUAAACUUAUUUUGGAACUGGUCUACAGAUCUCAGGAUAGGAGGUUUAGGUACAGAAAGCCCCUAGCCGAAAAAGGCGCCAAGUGUGCGUUGUUUUUCCGAGUCUCGCAUGAAUGUCCCCUUGGCGGCACAGGGUGGUUUGAUCCGGUCUUCCGCACCGCCCCCAUCUCCUUUCUGAUAGGCAGCCUGGUUAUGCUUGAAGGGCCCGCCUUUAGAUCACGUGGGUGCCGCCAGCCUCGUUUUCCUUUGCUGGUUGGUUUGGACUUGGCAACUGCUGUUCUGGGUUGCGGGUUUAUCUCGGGUUGAGUCGCCACCUUAUCCUUCCAACGCCUCAUCCCCACGUUGUCUCGGCCACUGGAGAUCGUACCAUGGCCCCUGUUGGAAGAAAGCGGAAGGCUGCGCCGGCAGAUACAAUAGACAAGCGUGAGAAACUGGCGGAGGGUCCGGCGGUGGUCAUCGAGCAUUGCACGAGCUGACGCGUCUACGGGCGCCAUGCUGCGGCCCUGAGCCAGGCUCUGCAGCUGGAGGUCCCAGAGCUGCCUGUGCAGGUGAACCCAUCCAAGCCGCGGAGGGGCAGCUUCGAGGUGACGCUGCUGCGCCCGGACAACAGCCGUGCCGAACUCUGGACUGGUAUUAAGAAGGGCCCGCCACGAAAGCUCAAGUUUCCUGAGCCUCAAGAGGUGGUUAAAGAAUUGAAGAAGUACCUCUCAUGAGGACGUUGGGCAGGGAGUCCCCAUGCUGAGGUUUGCAUCAUGACCCAGGGAUGCACAUUGGGGUAGACAGAGAAACCGUUACAACGUACCUCACGCGGGAUUUGAAAAGGGGCAAAACUGUAGAAUUCCUGCUGGUAACACCCUCCCACCCCCACAAAAAAAGUGUUUUGUCCUACAGGUAUGGGCGUUUUGCAUUUGUUUACUAUUUGAGUUUCCCGUCUCUGGUGACGUUUAAUUCCAUGAGUCUACUGCAAAUCUUACUGGUUCAAGAGUGUGGCAUUAUUUCUGUAGUAAGGUUUUUCUCCCUUGUAGUGGCAGAAUCUUUGUUGUUACUUUGCUUGCACUUCGCUGGUUUUUGCUAGUAGUCUGUGUGAUAAGGUGGCAUUACACCCCACCCCCAUUAUUGGUGACAUGGGUUUGAUUUUGGUCCCUAGUGCUUUACACAGUGCUUUGGCAUGUUUUCUGCACUUGGAUACUCAGUGAGCUCUGUGGUUUUGUGUGCUAACCACAGGUGGGCAGGCAUGUCUGUGUCUCUUGGUCCUUGGGAUUGUCUGGAACCCUACUCUGAUGUUCCCUUCUCUAUUUGCAGCUUUCAUUCCCUGGAGAUGUUGAAGCAUUUAUGAUAGUGCAUGGCCAAACUUAAGCUGUGUACCUGAAGCCAUAGUUUCUUCCUCACCAGAAAUGAUGGUUCAGUUGUGAGGUAGCCCUCCAGCAAGGCACUGUAAAAGUGUUUGAAUUGGUUUAAUAAAGUUAAAGUAUCU